GUGUAAGGAGGGCCCCCGCCGCUGGCGUCCCUCCUCGGACGUGGCGGGGGAGGCGGAGGAGGAGGAGGAGGCCGCGAUGUGGCAGAGGUCGGUGUGCGUGGGCCUGCUGGCCUUGGCGCUGGGCUACCUCUGCCUCCUGGGCCCCGAGCUGCCCCACUCGGCGCUGCGGCACCUCUCCGCUUCGCUGCUGGGGGGGCUGCGCCGCGCCCGCUCCCUCGAGGGCCGGAUGGUGGCGGCCUGGCAGGCGGCCAUCGUCCGCCCGGCCCGGGGAUGGGCGCGCGUCGCCGUCGGUGUCAAUGCCUGUGUAGACGUGGUUCUGUCCGGUGUGAAGUUGUUAGAGGCGCUUGGUCUUGAACCUGGGGAUGGAAAAAAUCAUGCAGUCUUGAACUCCAGACAGGACCUGAAAGAAGCCUUCGCUCACUUCAUGGAAAAAGGGGCAGCUGCCGAGCGCUUCUUCAGCAACGCCGAGUCUUUCCAUCACAUUGCACGGAUAGCCUCCGAGUACCCUGGUGCACAGCUUUACGUAGGAGGAAAUGCUGCUCUCAUUGGUCAGAAGCUUGCAACCAAUCCAGACCUGAAGAUCCUCCUUUGUGGCCCAGUUGGUCCUAAACUCCAUGAACUGCUUGACGACAAUGUGGUUGUGCCACCUGAAUCCAUGCAAGAAAGAGAUGAAUUCCAUCUUAUCCUGGAGUAUCAAGCAGGUGAAGAGUGGGGACAAGUAAGAGCACCUAAUGCCAACCGCUUCAUCUUCUCCCACGACCUAUCCAAUGGCGCCUUAAAUAUGCUGGAAGUGUUUGUGUCCAGCUUGGAUGAAUUCCAGCCAGAUCUUGUGGUACUCUCAGGACUUCACAUGAUGGAAGGCCAGAGCAAGGAGAUGCGACAGAGGCGACUUAUGGAGGCUGUGGCUUCCAUCUCUGAUAUCCCUACUGACAUUCCCAUACACCUGGAGUUGGCCAGUAUGACUGAUCAAGAUUUUAUGAGCAACAUUAUGCAUCAGCAGGUCUUUCCAUUGGUGAACUCCAUUGGGCUGAACGAACAGGAGCUGCUGUUCCUCACGCAGUCUGCCUCCGGUCCCCAUGCCUCCCUCGCUUCCUGGAGCGGAGUUCCCGACGUGGGUGUAGUCAGCGACAUCCUCUUCUGGAUCCUGAAGGAGCACGGAAAGACCACAGAGCGGGCCUCUGAUCUCACACGGAUCCACUUCCACACCCUGGCCUACCAUAUCCUUGUGACAGUGGAUGGGUACUGGGGCAACCAGGUUGCUGCUGUGGCUGCUGGAGCUAGAGCAGCAGGGACUCAGGCCUGUGCGACUGAAACCAUCGAUACCAGCAAAGUCUUUCUUAAAGCUCCUUUGGAGUUUGUGACCUCCCAGAUAGAGGCACCUUCCAAAAUCUCUUUAAAUCCAGAUGAGCCAGUGGUGCAUUGGCACAGAGAAGGCAUCUCAUUCCACUUCACUCCCGUUUUGGUGUGUAAAGAUCCUGUCCGGACCGUGGGACUUGGGGAUGCUAUUUCAGCUGAAGGACUGCUAUACUCAGAAGUAUAUCCUCAAUAGAAGACCAAGACCCUCCUUUUUCUCCAAUACUGUAUGGUGUCUGAGGAACCAUGGUGUUCUCAUUAGGAUUUCAGCCAGUGGUGAAAAGGAAUAGGAACAGAAUCGGGGUGUGGUGUGUUUUCUGGAUAUAACUGAAAAAGAGCCAAAGAAUAAUUCCAGGUAUAAACUGUCAGAUACAUUCCAGUCACUUGGCAGCGACUCGAACACUUCACACUUAGGAGCAGAUGUUUUAGUAUUUAAUGUGAAAAUUGGCUUUGCUUUGUCUUAAGCAUGCAGGGAGGGAAACGAAUAUCAAAAUCCCAGUUUGGCGUAGGCUUGCUGUUUGUAACUCUGAAUGGGUCUUGCCUGUUAGUGCUGGGAAGUACAGCAGCCAGGAGAAUUUCCUGAGUGUGGAUCCCAGGGAGAGCGUAGCAGUGCUCAGCCCUGUCUUGCCUCUGAUAUAAAUUAAAAAUAAAAGGCUCUUGCAUUAUCUCCUCACAGCACAUUGCUACGUGGCAAGAGCAAACCUUCCGCUUACUUGGUGUGAUGAUGAAAUCCUUUACUGACGAAAUGACCUCUCAGCCUUGGUGUCCCCAGCAUUGGAAGGAGCCAGAGUCCCGAAAUGUGAUGCGCACUGUACCUACUCCUUAAAUGCACAGAGAAAACCUGACUCAAGGCUGCGUAGAUUAUUUUGGGUAUCUGUUGCCUCUGUGACUAACGGUAUUCAACUGAGCCCUAGUAGCCCGGACUUAAGUUUUUGGGCAACUAGAAGUGAAGAUAAUCAGGGUUUAUAGUGGGGGAGACAGCUUUAUCUUCUUGCUAGGUAAACCACAAAACGUUACCUGUGUUUGCUGUACACUAAAUACCAAGAGUUCCAGCCAGGGGGACUCACAGCUGGUGUUCUUUGCUAACAGUGGGUGCUUAUAUUUGGUAUUUUACAGAAAAGCUAUUGAGUGCCUGAGACUAAUUUUUUGUUGUUGUUGUUUGAGAAUGGUUGUGCAAUUUUCUCCAGUUUCCCUGCCUUCCAUUCAGAAGGCUUAAUAAAUUAGGGAAGGUGCUUCCAGAGGCUUAAAAGCUGCAACAGCAUUUUCCAGGUAAGACUGAAGCAAGGAGGGUUUUUUCAGGGUUUGGUUUUGGUUUUUUCUCUUUGACUAGAAACUCUUGAUAGUUUCUUUGCUCUGGACAGCCUUUGAAAUUAAAAAAGUAGAACCAUGUGUCCUUGUUAAAUAUUUUGCUUAUAUUUUUUCCUCUUCAUAGUAGCACACUAUGGAUUGCAUAGCACCAACAUUUUAUUUCAUCUCUUUCCAGCAUGGUUUUGUCUGUGCUUCCAGGAACUUCAAGUGUAUUUGCAUAGCUAUCAUACACACUUUUUUCAGUAUAACUAGAUUAAAUGCAGUCAGCAUGUCUAUGCAAGCCUGUGCUAUACCAGAAUCUGUAGCAGGUCGCUUUAGGUCAGUCUUUGCAUCUGAAUGGAGGGGAGGAGAGUCUGUAUCACUUAGGCUGGAGUAAUCUCUUUCAGUAACACUGUCAUAUUGCUGUCAGUGAUGUUCUCCUGUUGGAAAAUGCCAUCGUGAAUGCUCUGUAAGGAUAAAAAUUGACAGCUGUUGUAACUUGUACUGACUUAGCACACAAUGCUGUCUGUCAAUGUAUAUUUAACUUCUGCUUUCCCUCUGAGCAAGGACUUCUGUGUUGUACCAGAGGAGAAAUACAGUCAGAGCUAUGUUUUCCUGCA